AUGAUGGCACUAUCAUCAGGGUUGAGGCGCAGAGUCAAGAGAUUCCAGGUCCCGCAGCCUGAGACGGGAACCUAUGCGAUUGAUCAUUAUACUUCUCCUGAUCUCGUACCUUUGACCGAGGACCGUCGACGAUGGGGAACCUGGGACUACAUCGCAUACUGGUCCACGGGUAGUUUCGCCAUUUAUAAUUAUUCCACAGGCUCCGCGCUUAUUGCAUUUGGAUUGAGUGGAAAACAGGCACUCGGUGCGGGGAUCUUCUCACCGAUCGUUUUGGCGGCUUUGGCUGUUUUGUGCGGCUGGAUGGGUGGCAGUCAUCACAUCACCUACAACGUCGCUGCUCGAUCCUGUUGGGGCCUGCGAGGAACGUACUUACCAAUCUUGAUCCGAGUUCUGCCGGGCAUUGUGUGGAAUGGAAUCGAAGGAUGGUGGGGAGCACAGGCUGUUUCCACGUGUAUUGGAACGAUGUCGAUCUCUUGGGCUGAGUGGUCGCAUCCGCUCGCCGGAGGGACAAUGGAGUUGAAGGAUUUGAUUGGAUUCAUCAUUUACAACGUUCUCUAUGCUUUCGUCUUAUGGAUCCCACCAGAGAAGCUCGAUCGCCCGUUCUUGAUCUCGUUUGCAUGUUUCACAUGCACUGUGUUUGGGAUCUUGAUCUGGGCAGUAAAGCACGCAGACGGGACAGCAGGUCCAUAUUUCGCCCAUGAUUACAAGUCAGACUCCGUUUUGGCAGAUUCGACAGCAUGGGCAGUCGUCUAUGGCGCCACAGCUGUGCUGGGGAACAUGGGAACUGUCACUCUCGGAAACGCAAACUGGUGUCGUCUGGCCAGAAUCAGCAACACCAAAUCCAUGACAGUCCAGGUGAUUGCAUUGGUGAUCUGUGUCUAUUCCGUCUUUGCAAUUGGCAUCAUCGCGACAUCGGCUGCAAGUCAAGCACUAGGAGACACUUAUUGGCAACCUUAUCUCCUGUUGAGAGAGAUACAAUUCUUUGCAUCUGCCGGCUGCGCCUGGGCACAGAUCUGCGUCAAUGUGAUCCUCAACUCCACAGCAGUUGCUAUGGACCUGCAGGCCUGGGCUCCGAAAUGGCUCAACAUUCGCAGAGGAGCAUACAUAAUUGCAGCUAUUGGUAUCGCGGUAAAUCCCUGGCAACUCACCGUGAAUGCGCAAACGUUUAUCGCAGUCCUCAACGGCUUCGGAAACUUCUACGGACCGUGCUCUGGAAUCCUGGUCACGGAUUUCUGGAUCGUACGGAAAAGACUCAUCAAGAUGGAUGAUUUGUAUCGUGGUAACAGUGCUUCAAUCUACUGGUAUUACAAAGGCUUCAACUGGAGAGCGUAUGCUGCUUUCCUCAUUGGCGUCAUACCUGCAAUGCCCGGAUAUGUCACCAGCGUCAGCGACUUGGAUCGCGCUCCAAAUUCGGCUAUGAAACUCAGUCGUCUGGGUUUCUUGACAGGCUUCUUCAUAUCUUCGCUCACGUUCUGGUUCCUGAGCACGAUACUCCCUCCUCCUGGCAUCGGGCACGGUACAAAGGCCCACAAUGAGGAUGAGCUCAUUCUACCGACUGGUUAUCGACAAGAUUGUCCGACGCAGGGAAAGUAUUCUGUGCCGAUCGAUGGGGUCACAUUGUCUCGCGAAAGCGAGAGUGAAAAGCGAGAGGAGGUUUAUGAUAGAGGGGAAGGACUAAAGGGAUCAGUGAUAACAAAAGUUUGA